AUGACUAGUAGGAGAAUUAAUGGGUUAAACAGCACUCCUACUUAUGUUGGUGAAGAAUCCUCUGUCUUUAGCAUAAAACUCCAUAUUGGUGGGGAUUUAGUAUGGCAUCCAACUGUUGGUUAUAGGGAUGGUGGAGUUGAGUUCUUUGACCAUUUCAACUGUGAUGAGGGCAGUAUACUAGAUUUAAGGAGAAUGGUGAAACAAUUGAGGUAUGCUGAUAAAAAGGUGCAAUUUUGGGCUCUGGUUAAGGUUAAGGGUAAGGGUAGGAAGAAGCCAACAAAAACUGAUCUUAAGCCUCUACUGAAUGAUGCAGACAUAGUUAGUUUAGUUGAAGAGGUUCCACCCAACAAGGAGGUAGAAAUAUUUGUUGAACAUUUAUUUGAUGACCAAUGGGAUUACGAGGUAGACAUAUCUAGAGAAUUGGGAGAUGAUUGCCUACUCUAUGAUGGAAUAAACCAGAGUUCUGAAAAUGAGGAUGAGGUUGAAGGUGAAGAUCAAGGUGAGGAAGACCCUAAUCUUAUGGACACUGGGGCUAGUUCUAAGCAGGUCAAUCCUGCUGUUGGACUGGAAGGGGGUGAAGUACAAGAAGUAGAGUGCCAAUUGUCUGAAGAGGUGUUUAAGAGUUUAGAGAAUUCUGAAGAUUCUGAUGGGGGAGACAGUGGUGUACAGAAUGUUUUUGAAGAAAGGAACUUGAAAAAAGAAGGCUUUAAGUUUGAGAUUGGAAUGAUUUUCAAAACAUCAGAUGAGUUUAAAUGGGCUGUUAAAUAUUAUGAGGCAACUAGGAGAAAAGAUAUCCACUUUAAAAAGAAUGAAAGCAGUAGAGUGAGGGUUGUUUGUAGACACAAUGACAUAUGCAACUGGACAAUUUUUGCCUCAAGAAGCAAUCCAAAAAGUCCAUUUCAGGUUAAAACAUACAUUCCAGAACACACAUGUGGGGAUCAAGAUGAAAAUAGAACUGUGAAAUCUGGUUUUCUAGCCAAAAUGUACAAGGAUGAAAUUAAACUUAAUACAGAAUGGGGUAGAAUACAGUUUCAAGAACAUGUGAAGGCAAAUUUGAAAUGUCAAGUCAGUAAACACCAGGCAUAUAGGGCUAAACAAAAGGCUCUUAAGCAACUGGAAGGUGAUGUUUCAGAACAAUUCAACUUACUCAAUGAUUACUGUGAGGAAUUGAAAAGAAGCAAUCCGGGAACUUCUGUGAAGAUGAAACUUGAUAGUGAGUUUACUGUCAAUGGAAGACCUAGGUUUCUGAGACUCUAUAUUUGCUUUGCAGCCUGCAAAGAAGGGUUCUUGAGAGGAUGUAGACCUUUCUUUGGGUUAGAUGGUUGUCAUCUUAAGGGUUGUCAGAAGGGAGGGCAACUUUUGAGUGCUGUAGGUGUUGAUGGAGAUAACAGCUUGUUCCCUAUAGCAUUUGCCAUUGUUGAAGGGGAAUUGAAGGACAGUUGGUUAUGGUUCUUGAAACGAUUGGACAGUGAUCUUAAUAUUUCAAGUAACCCUCAUGCUUGGACAUUGAUUUCAGACAAGCAAAAGGGAUUGAUACCUGCUGUUGAAGAAUUGUUUCCGGGAAUGGAGCAUAGAUUCUGUGUUAGGCACAUGCAUGCUAACUUUGUAAAGGAUGGUUUCAGUGGGAAUGUACUCAAGCAGAAACUGUGGGCAGUGUGUAAAGCAACAACAGAAGCAGAAUAUAAGCGGCAAAUGGAGGAGUUAAAGGAGAUAAAUGCUAAGGCUGCUGAUUGGUUAGCUGCAAGAGAUGCUAAACAUUAUUGUAGGGCAUAUUUUAGUACAUUUCCUAAGACAGAUUUGCUACUUAACAAUUUGUGUGAAUCAUGGAAUAGCACUAUCCUAAAUUUCAGAGAUAAACCAAUCUUAACUUUGUGUGAGAAGUUAAGAAUAUAUCUUAUGACUAGGAUGCAAAAAAAUAGAGAAAGACUAAAAAAUCAUCCGAUGAAGAUUUGUCCAAAGAUAUGCAAAUUGAUAGAAGAGGAAAAGGAUAGGGCAUGCAGGUACAAUACUUAUAAGUCUGCUGAAAACAUGUACCAAGUAGAUGAUGAGAAUUUUAAGGUCUUCAAGGUGAGUUUACUCCAGAAACAGUGCAGCUGUAGAAGGUGGGAUCUCACAGGCAUCCCUUGUAGUCAUGCAAUUGCAGCUAUAAGAAAACAAAGGGAAAGACCAGAAGACUAUGUACACAAUUGCUAUACAGUGGACUCUUAUUUCAGAGCAUAUGAGCCAGCAAUACUACCAAUCUCAUCUUCUGAGUUGUGGCCCAAAACCAAUCUUCCAGCUCCACUCCCCCCAAAAUAUAAGGCACAACCUGGGAGGCCUAAAAAAAAGAGAAAGAUCAGCCCUUUUGAAGAAACCAAGAAGGACAGCCUUGCACAAAGAACAAGGAAAGUUGGAGAAGUCAAAAGGUGCAGGGUUUGUGGUCAAAAAGGACAUAAUAAAGCAACUUGCAAACGAAACAAUCCACCACAGGUACAUGAGAUGGAUGAGGUGGUAGUUGGACAGGGUGAUGUACACAUUCAAGGCCAGUUUGAGGAUAUCCCAGUUGAGACACAAGUGCCAACUUUUGUACUUGAUGAGAUGGAGGUAAUGACAUCUCAACCAUCACAAUUAGUUCAGAGCCAAGUCCCUCCACUGUCCCACUUUAUUUCUUCACAACAGCCAAGUGGAAGUGCUACUCCAACUGUCAUCACAAGAGCAGGGAAAAAAUUUGUAACAGUCUCAAGCCUGCAACAAGCUAAUGCAGUCCAGAGAGAGGGUGGUUCAAUUUAA